CCACAUGCGUUGGCUUUGGCUGCAACGACUACCGAGGGCAGGAUUUCAACGGGAUGCCGGCGCCGGGAGGUGAGGAUUACGUCUCGGAGAACACGCUGCAGGUUGUGAGGCCGGCGGAGCGUGGCAGCAUGCCUUACUCCGAGUUUCUGCAGGCGCUCAAGGACAAGAGAGUCCUGGGCGUCGAUUUCAUCGCUCCCAACGGCGACGAGGCGUACGCGCUCGUCAAGGACUCGGGCGGCACAAAGAGCUGCAGCGCCAUCAACCCGGAUGCUCCCGUGGUGGACGGCGUCUGCCGGCUCCGGAUGGGCGAGGGGUGGCCCGUGGAGGUGUCAAACUCCUGGUCGUCUCCCUCGUGGGUCGUCCGCAUCCUCGACAACGAGCAAGUGCCCCACGCCCUCGUGAUCGAUCUCAAGAAGAAGCCGCAGCGGGCCGUGUACCCAAAGGCGGGCGGCGUCGCCAAGCUCUAACUCGCGUGCAGCCGCGCAACGGCGAGAUGGACUGCAUGUAGAGACGAGUUGGUGCGGGGCGCGAGGUCGGGCAUGGUGGCAGUGUGCGCCGAGAGGCGGGUCCGGCAGAUAACCGCAUGGAGAACUUCACUCGGUGCCCGGCCCCGCGGCGCGGAGCGCGCGGGUGGCACACAGCUCAGUGUCCGCUGGUCACUGUCCACGCACACCCGUCACGCCGCCCCAGCCGCCCCAGCCGCCACUGGGCCCGCACUGCUGCAGUAGUCGACUCUAGUAAUCUCGUUCUCGAGUGUCGAGUCUCGAGACACCCGACGACAG